GUCGAGCGCUGACGCAUACGGUCUCGGCGUUGACAAUAACAAAGGGUGAUGACUAAAUGAAGUUUAAAACUUAUUUUGUGCUUCAUGUCUGCUCUCGACUGUAGCGUGUUGAGGGUUCGCUGCCUUAUUAUAUUUACAGCAACGUCACCACAGAUAGUUUAAGCGGAUAUGAGCGGCAAUACCUAAAGCUGCAAGCUGCACUGAAGUUGGUCUGCUUUACAGAUAUUACGAUGAUCCGCAUAGCAGCUCUUAAUGCGGCUGUAACAGCUCCAGAUGAGUCCCAGGAUCCACUUAGGACUAAUAAGAGUCAGACAAAAGAGGCCCAGGAAGCUGAGGCCUUUGCUCUAUAUCACAAAGCAUUAGACCUUCAAAAGCAUGACAAGUUUGAAGACUCUGCCAAGGCUUAUCAUGAGCUGCUUAAAACUCCACUGCUCAAAGAGGCCAUGCCCUCGGAUGAUCAGAGAGUGGGUCUCAAGCAUCCCGGACUGAUGCUGAAAUAUUCUACUUUUAAAAACCUGGCUACCAUGGCUGCAUCACGGGAUGACCUGGAGACUGCUAUGGAGUUUUAUUUGGAGGCAGUUAUGCUGGAUUCCACUGACGUGAACAUGUGGUACAAGAUUGGUCAAGUGGCUGUGCGACUGGUGCGCAUACCUCUGGCUCGACAUGCGUUUGAGGAGGGUUUGCACUGUAACCCUGACCACUGGCCCUGCCUGGACAAUCUAAUAACUAUUCUCUACACUCUAAGUGACUACACCUACUGUUUGUAUUUCAUCGCCAAAGCUCUGGAGAAAGACCAUUGUUACACUAAAGGCUUGGUCUUAAAGGAGAAAAUUUUCGAAGAGCAGCCUUGCCUUAAGAAAGACACAAUGCAGAUGUUUGUGAAAUGUCAUAUGUCUGUCCAUUAUGUGGAGGUGGAGGAAGAGGAACGCAAAAGUAUUGUGCAAGAAGCACAGGAGAUAAGGAAACGCAGACAGGCUCUCUCCCACUCUGAACCCAAACCUGACCUUGUCCUGAUUCAGCCUAUUCGCUCUCUCUCAUGGAGGCAUGUGGGUGAAAGCCUUGUUGCAAUGUACAGACACCAGACUACAUGUGAGCCUCCACGGCCGAGUCUUGGCCGCAGAAUUGACUUGUCAGAGUACCGUGACCCAAACUUCCUUCAGAACCUUCCCCAACCCAGCAGCCCUGUCAGUUUAGGCCAGACCACUGUGCUGAGCAGCAGCCCCAGCUCAUCUCUGCCACCAGUGACCCUGCCUGAGCCAGCAGUGCUGUCCCAGCCAAGCGCCCAGCCUCAGAUUACCCCCAGCCCAACCACUGUGGAGAUAACCACUUCUACCCCUCCUGUUGCUACAGCAAUGGAAGUUUCUCUCUUAGAUAAAUCGAAGAAAGCUCCAAAAAGAAAGCGCGUGAUUGAAGAUAGUGGCGAGACAGCCAAGCGACGCUCAGCACGUGUUCGGAACACAAAAUGCAAAAAGGAGGAGAAGAUUGAUUUUCAAGAACUGCUUUAUAAGUACCUGCCUUCCAGACUCAAAAAGUUUGAUCCCGAUGAUGACGAGAGUCUAAGCAACCUUGAAACACCGUGUGAAGGGAAGGAGGACUUGCAGCAUCUGCAUGGGAGUUGCUUGCCUGUCGACUCAGUUGAAUACAUGGCAUCAGAACAAGAAGAUGUCCACAGCUUUUUACUCAAAAGUAUGACCAAUGGUGGCAUACUGGACCUGAUGAUGCGCUAUCUGAAAGUAGUUGGUCAGAAAUUCAUGGAGGCGUGGCCUCGAGGACUCAAUGCUGUGGUACUGGAUGUCUAUCAGAUGUGGAGGAAACACAGCAGUGGUCUUCCUAACCCUUUGCUUCGGGACUGCAGCAACCAACACAUCCGGGAGAUGCUAGAAAUGAGCUUAGCAUGCAUGGAGUUGAAACUGGAGCAGUGGUUACACAAAAAAGGGAAGACUGUUUCACCAAGAAGCAGCAGCAUUGGUUCCAGCAGUGAUACAACAGAUUCAGAAUUCCCUGGGCAGCACUUCCAGAGUGAUCUGUUUCUUCUGGCCUUGGGGUCGUCCCAAAGGGAUCUAUUUGAGGAUGACUGGCUGGAUGUUAUGGUGCGUGUCUACUGGCUGAAGGGUCGAUUCUUGGCUCUGCAGGGAGAUAUGGAGGUGGCCCUGGAGAGCUAUGAUAUCUGUAUAGGCCUAUUGCAGAGCAAAUCAAAGACACCUGAAGGGAAACAUUACACUAUUAAUCUGCCUAACUUACAUUUAGAUGCCGCAAUCUCUGUGGAGGAGAUUGACAAGAGGCUGAAAUCUCUGGAGCGUUGUCAGUCUUUGGAGGAGAUCCAGCGUCUCUUUGAGUCGGCAGACUACGAGUCAGUUGUGCGCCUGCUGCAGCCCACUCUUAAUUAUGGCAGCAGGAGUAAACCUCUGGAGUUUGUGAGCUCAGCACCAGAGCGGCCUGCUCAGUUGACGCUACUGCAGAACUCCCUGUUGAAGCUUCAGGACUAUCAGCAGUGUUUCGAGUGCAGUGAGGUGGCUCUGAAUGAAGCCCUGCAGCAGCUCAGCUCUGCUUCAAUCAGCUCCCCCCCAAGCAAGGAGGACUGGGUCAGCAUCAUUAGAAAGUUGCUGGAUGGCAUAGAGGUCUGCUUCAACAAACACUCUGAACUUCUAAACAGUGCCCCUCAGUUCUCCAGUAUGGCUCGACUGGCUAACAACCUGAUUCAGCUGAUUGAUCUUAGCAUGACAAUUUCUGACGACCCCAAGGAGCCUUAUUUCUUCUCUGUUCUGCCAUGGAUCAUCCUGUAUCGCAUAAUCAAACACGAAGAGGCAGCAUUUGAUUGCAUGCUUAGGCAGCAUAUCUCUAUAGGAGAUGAUGAAGAUGACUCAGACACGCCAAUGCUGCCCUCCUCCUUGAUGCUUUUGAACACGGCUCAUGAAUAUCUUGGCCGUCGCUCUUUGUGCUGCAGCUCAGAUGGUGCACUUCUCAAGUUUUUUGUCCUAGUUUUGCAAAAGGAAUUUGCAGCUACUUCUAACAGUGAUGCUCACCCCUACAAAGAAGAGCUGGAGAUGGCCUUGGAACAAUGCUUUUUCUGUUUGUAUGCCUACCCCAGCAAGAAGAGCAAGGCUCGGUACCUUGAGGACCACUCAUCUCCACAGGUUGAACUCCUUUGGAGCGAUGCCCUUUUCAUGUUCCAGUAUUUCAAACCUAAGUCACUGCCUGAAUUUGACAGUUAUAAGACAAGCACAGUGUCUGCAGAGCUAGCCAAUCUGCUGAGAAGAUUUGUCAACAUUGCACCUUCGAGUGACACUCCAGUCAUCACCAUGGAAGAAGUAGGAGAUUACAUUGAGGGCAUGACAGAGAAGGCCCCAUGCCUUCCUGAGGGUAGUGCUCCUGCACCUCCAAUCAUUAAUGAGAUUUACUACCUGCUGGCUGAUUACCACUUCAAGAACAAGGAGCAGUCCAAAGCCAUCAAGUUCUACAUGCAUGACAUCUGUGUGUGCCCCAAAAGGUUUGACUCCUGGGCAGGUAUGGCUUUAGCCCGGGCCAGCCGUAUCCAGGAAAAGCUCAACUCCAAUGAACUGAAAAGUGAUGUUCCUAUUUGGAAACACUCCCAGGCAGUACUGAACUGCUUUAAGAGGGCCCUGGAGAUCGACAGCUCCAACCUGUCUCUGUGGAUCGAGUAUGGCACCAUGUCUUACGCACUGCAUUCGUUUGCUUCGCGGCAGCUCAAGCAGUGGCACAGCGAGCUUCCCCCAGAUGUAGUUAAGCAGAUGGAAGAAAGGAGAGAUUCUAUGUUGGAGACGGCGCUGCAGUGUUUCCAGGGUGCUUCCCAAUGUGAGGGAGACAGUGAUGAAGAAGAGUGGCUCAUUCACUACAUGCUGGGUAAAAUAGCAGAGAAGCGCAAGCAGCCUUCAGUGGAAUAUCUGCAGUUUUACAAAAAGGCUGCAAACUAUCUGCACGAAGAAGCUGCAAGGUACCCCCGGAAAAUCCAUUACCAUAAUCCUCCUGACCUGGCUAUGGAGGCCCUCGAGCUGCAUUUCCGCUUAUGUGCCACCAUCCUGAAAUUGCUAGAGUCAGGUGAACUUGACCUGGACCAUGAGCUCCUGUUCACUUUGCUAGUUGAGGCAGCGACGGGGCCAUUUGCAAGGGGGGAAGAGAAGAGUAUGCCCAGCAUGCCAAGGUCCCAUGAGAAGGAGAAACCCCCCUCUAUUAUGGAUGAGGACUUCAACUUAUCGUCAGUUUGCAUAGGGAAUGUCCUCAGCUCCUCCCUUCCAUCAGUUGCCACCCCAGGUGUGACAUCCCCUCCUUAUGUGGCCACGCCGUUUGACCAUGAUUACGCCAAACGCAAAACACCCCGACGGCAGCAGUGGCAGCAACAGCAGCGGCAUGAGGAUCAGCAGGCUGAUGCCUCACCAGAGUUUGACCAUGAUUACUGCCUGCCCAGGUCUCCAAUUUGGCUGGCGUCCCUGAAUGAACGCAGUCAGGACAGUGAGGUGGUGAUGCUAUCUGAUUCCAACUCGACUCAGGAUGCCUUUACAGACCCCGCCAGCUCUCAAGACAGCAGCCAUAAACCGGUCUCGGGAAAAACCAGCUCAUCCUCGUCGCAAAGUACGACCCCUGUGAAAGAUGGACAACCUGCACCCGAGGACCCAGAGUCACGUGGAGACCAUGCUGUCAUCCAGACGGAAGAGAAAAUCAUCCAAGAAAUAGUAGAAUCUGUGGUGGUAACAAUCCCUUUCGCUCCUACCUGUAAAGGUUCAGCAGAACCUUGUCCUAAUCCUGUCCCAGCUACCCCUCCAAAACCACCCCCCUCUCAACUGGCCGCUCCUCAAACACCCGUCCACGAGGGAAAACGCAAGCCAGAGCCCCCUGCGGAGGUGAUUGAGGUGCCCAAGGCCUUGCCUUCAGAACGCUCGGAUCAGAGGCGACUGCUGGUGGAAAUGUGCGUCCGUGCGCUCUUUCUCUGCCUCGGCCGAUUUCCUCAACACUACAAGAGCCUCUAUCGCUUGGCCUUUUUCUACACCAACAGCAAGACGCAUCAGAACCUACAGUGGGCUCGAGAUGUGUUGCUAGGAAGCAGUGUCCCAUGGCAACAGCUGAAGCACAUGCCAGCACAAGGGCUGUUCUAUGAAAGAAACAAGACAAACCUGUUCAAUGGCAUCUGGCGAAUUCCAGUAGAUGAGAUUGACCGUCCAGGAAGUUUUGCAUCUCAUAUGAACCGAUCCAUUGUACUUUUGCUAGAGGUGCUGUCUCAGCUUAAGGAUCACGAUACACUGCUGAAAGUCUCAUUCAUGCUGCAGAGAACCCCUGACCAGGGAAAGAAGUAUUUGCGGGAUGUUGAUCGCCAGGUUUUGGCCAAGAGAGCAUUUUUCCUAACUGUAAAAGUCCUGGAGGACAAUCUGAACAGUCUCACCGGGGUGUCUGAGCAGUUUCCAAAAGUCCCUGCACCCUCCAUGGGGGAGAUGACUACAACAGACGCGUCCAACAGGCCCAGUUCAGAGGACAGCAAACAUGUGCUGCCGAAGAAGCCUGGACUCACAGAGGGCGGCUGUGCUACUGACACUGAGCCCAGAGAAGCCUCCCAAGUUCAACUUUCCUCUACAGAUAAAGGGAUUAAGGUUCAAGAGAGGUACCCUGGGAAAGCUGAGACUGCUGGGAGCGAGGGCCACAAAGUAGUAGGGUUAGAUGAACCCAUGGAGCUGGACACUGGCCACUGGAGGAAGCCCUGUACCGCCACCGAUUCUCAGGGCAAUCAAACUGAGACUGAGACCUCUGUGAGUGCAGUGGAGCUCCAGCAAAAAGUGACUGACAGCAUUCGGGCCCCAGAGCUUUCUCUAGAGGAGCUGAGUAUCAGUUCAAGGCAGCAACAGCUCCAAGCCUCAGCUCCAAAGGUAACCGUGGCAGCAGGUGGGACUGAUCAGGGUUUACUACGAAGGCCAAACAGGAAAAGGAAGCUUCUGGAGGAUGUGGAGUCUGGGAAAACCCUACUACUGGAUGCCUACAGAGUGUGGCAACAGGGGCAGAAAGUCAUGACCUAUGACCUGGCACGCAUUGAGAAGAUCAUGUCAGAGACUUAUAUGCUCAUAAAACAGGUUGAUGAGGAUGUAGCUCUGGACCAAGCCCUGAAGUUCUGCCAGAUACACUUACAAAGACAGCCUGCAGGCGAUACCCCGACCACACCUAAGUACACCAAGGAGCACCGAGACCUCUUCUUCCCCGCAUCCCUGCCGACGCCGGUCCUGGUCAGCCACCCCGCCUGUCACCCGCUUUCCACCGCGGACAGCCAAGCCAAAGCGGCGUACGAGCCCCUGAGCAAGCUGCCGAGACCUCAGACCUCGAGCUUCCACGAGCAGCCACAGCACAGGAGAGCAGCUAGCCACCCCACUGCAGCCAUGGCCUUCCUACCACACACAGAGGAGCGAGAGGAGCCCUCAGAGGGACUUUCAUAUCGACAGCAGGAGUCACACCUUUGUCAGCAGAUGAAACUUGCCACUGUAUCCCAUGGCCAGGAAUCAACAGUCAGCUGGCUUCAGGAGGAGACUGCCACAUGUAGCACAGCACAACCCUGCCCAGACCAGCAGCAGUAUGCCAGCAAUGAGCAGUCGAAACUUCCAGACCCCAGCCGAAUCCGCUCCCGCGUCCCACCCAACAUGCCAAAGCUUUUCAUUCCAUCCACAGUCACCAAGUUCCCGCCAGAAAUCACAGUAACACCUCCAACACCCACGCUUCUUUCCCCAAAAGGCAGCAUCUCAGAGGAAACCAAACAAAGACUUAAGAACGUCAUCCUGUCUUCUCAGUCUGCAGCGACGGUCAAAAAGGACACCCUGACCCAGCCGGCGCUGGAGGUGCAGGAGACGUCCAGCCAGGAGUCCUCUCUGGAGAGCGAGUCGGACGAGGAGGAUGAUUACAUGGACAUCUGAGCCUCUGGAAUCUUUGUGUGCGUGCUGACACUGAACUCUCACCACAGCAAGCGCCGGAUCCCUGUUUUGGUCCAUGUUGCAGCAUCUGUCUUCGGUGAUGCCUUUGUUCUCUCGCACACGCUGCAAAAAGCAGCCCUCCCGAGAUGAAAGGAUGCAGUAGUGCCAUCGCCUGUCGUGUGCAGAGCAGAUGAUGACGGGUUCAAGUGUCACAGCAUGUCUGUAAUGUGCCAUUCAUGCAUAUCACACAUCAGCUUAUUAAAGGCUCCUGCAUCCGACUGUAAAACUGGUUCUGGCUCGAGUGACUUUCAACCUUUUAAAGCCGACCAGUCACACAUUUAUGCAUAGUUUGCUUUAAAUAUUUUGUGCUAAUUGUCUCCAAGCUGCGAAACUACACAUUCUUCAAACUCACCGAUCUGUUGUGCCUCAGUCUGGACUGAUACUCGGCAACACUUACCUGCUGUCCUUCCUUUUGCAUGAACCCUCCAUCUGCCAAAUACGCUGAAACAGGAGUUAUUUCAGUGGACGCAAAGGUGAAAUGAGGACAAUCUGCUGCAUUUGAGGGUCUUCUGUGGCCUCACAACCUGUAGCAGAUUGGAAAUGUUUACAUUUGGGAUGUUUUACAGACUGCACCUACCUUUGUGCUAUUUUUGUAUUUACUGUACUUCUUGUAAGAUUUUGUGCUUUACACACACACACACACACACACAUACACACACAAUUUUUAUUUUUUCUGUUGUGUGAAUCCGUAGCGAAGAGGAACCGUUCUUACCAGGAAGAUGUCCUGGCACCAGCACUGACCUGAACGAUGCAGAGUGGGCUUUACAGACAUGGGGAAAUUAGCUUUUGUACAUAUCACAAUCCAAAUAUCUUUCCAGUGUGUUUGGCUUUAAGGGGUCAAGUAUAGAGCUGGAGUAGCGUGAGUAUGUGUGAAAGUGUAAACAUUAAGGUGAGGGUUGUUUCAAUUCACAUGCGUUCAGGAAACGACUCGCCGUCAGCCGCCGCUUGAUGUGGUCUUUCCUGGUGGAGUGGGAUUGAAAUGCGCACAGACGGCGACUUUCUAAUUCAGAUGCCUUUCCAUGGAAAUCAUUUUGGUAAAUUUGUCACAGUCCUAGCUCAACUCAGAGGAAGACACCAGAAUGUUUUUUACAGAUUGUUUUCUAUAAAAGAAAGAUAUUUACUGAUGUUUAUUGAAAGCUGUGUUAAAGUAAUUUUAAAAAAAAACGCGAAUACAUAAAGGCUUUGAGGCAUUCACAGGCGGGUAUUGUUAUCAGACUCUUUAUAGUAAUGUAUUAGUUCUUCCGUACAUUUCUUUGGCACUUAAAAACUUAUACUUUAAGCUACAGGAACCAUUUAUAGUUUCCUGCCAUUAGCCAACGGUUUCUAUGACAACAGUGCAGCUCUCAGUAACCAAGGCCCGAUUCUGUUUAUAAACAGUUUGACAGGUCAUAUUCCUGAUUUUGCUGAUCAGUGCUUGAAUGUUUAGUAAUUAAUUAAUUUCCUCUGGAUACUUUCAAAAUAAAAGAACCAAUCCAAUUUGUAAUGAUAUAGAUGGUUACAUAGCAAAAUGUAUUUAUGUUAUAAACCCAUUUAUAUUAAUAUGGACUCGCAUUUUUGACCUAGUACCUUUCAAAAUAAGUCUUUAAUGCAAACUUUAAAACUAAAACAAUUAAAUAACAAAUUCUUUGCUAAAAACACUCUUCUGUCUGUUCCAUAAAUUCUUUUUUAGUUUCAGAAAUAUUAGGGAGCUCGUGAAAACCUCAGCAUAUCUUGAGGGUCAUUCACCUGAACAUUCAACUUUUUAAAGUACAACAGCUUAACUGGGUUCAGAUUCAAAUAUGUUUUAUUAGAAUUUCUUACUUAAUUUAUUUUUUCAGCAGUUGUUGAUAAAGCUUCUUCUGCAAAAAUUCAACUCCAUAGACACAACUAUUUCUCUUCUGAUACUUUCAGCUAUGCUUUAAAUGUUUCAGAUGUGUUAACAUUUCAGUAUCUUUCAGCAGUUCUUCAGGAAUACAUUCAGCAUCACAGCAUUAUUCACAGUGCAUUUUCUUCAGGAAAUGCUUCACAACUUUUUGCAACUUUCGCCCUUCAUAAAAUGGUUUGUAUUUUAUUUUAUUUUAUUUUUUGUAAGAUAUUUUUUUGUUGUUCUGCUGAGCUUCUGGGAUUUCGCCACAGCUAAAGAGGAGACCAGGGGAAAGGCCCUGCCCUGAUCUGCACAACUGUUUUCAAUGACUGGAUGAAUUAUAGAUGUCAAACCAAAAAUAUAUUUGUGAGACACAUUUGUUCUGUGUGCUACUUAGAAAUAAUCAAAAUGUGCAUAAAACAUUCUUUGCAUCACUUCAUUUGGUGCUUUUGUUUUCAGAGUGCUUAAAGAGACCUUGGUGGAUCAUAUCAAUGUCACUGGUUGCAAACAAGCAUUUGUAGCUCAAUACCACAGGCAACAGUUACCUCUAUUCAAGAGAGUAAAUGCAAGUAAUGCACAGAAACUGCAUAUUGUUAUAUGAAAUAUUUAUGUAUUAAAGACUGCAUGACUA